UCUGGAGAGCGCGGCCGGAAGCGUGAGCGGACCGACGGGCGGUGCACCCUGGGACUUGUAGUUCCGGGGGGAGGGAUGGAGCGAGCCACGCCGCACGCGCAGGUGCCUCUGGGUCAGAUGGAAAUGUUCCAGACGUUGCAACGGCUGCACAUGAGUGUUUUCUGCCAGAGCGUCUCGCCCUGCGGCAAGUUCCUGGCAGCAGGCAAUAACUACGGGCAGAUCGCAGUCUUUAGCUUAUCUGCAGCCUUGAGCUCCGAGGCCAAAGAGGAGAGUAAGAAGCCGGUGGUGACUUUCCAAGCCCACGAGGGACCUGUCUACACCAUGGUCUCCACGGACCGGCAGCUGCUCAGUGCGGGUGACGGCGAGGUGAAGGCCUGGCUCUGGGCUGAGAUCCUCAAGAAGGGCUGUAAGGAACUGUGGCGUCGGCAGCCCCCAUACAGGACCAGCCUCGAAGUGCCUGAGAUCAACGCGUUGCUUCCAGUCCCCAAGGAAAACUCGCUCAUUCUGGCAGGUGGCGACUGUCAGCUACAUACCAUGGACCUGGAGACAGGGACCUUCACACGGGCUCUCCGUGGACACACAGAUUACGUUCAUUGCCUGGCCCUGCGAGAGCGGAGCCCUGAGGUGUUGUCGGGGGGCGAGGAUGGGGCUGUGCGGCUGUGGGAUCUCCGCACAGCCAAGGAAGUCCAGACAAUCGAGGUGUACAAGCACGAGGAGUGUGCGAGGCCCCACAAUGGGCGCUGGAUUGGAUGUUUGGCCACAGACUCGGACUGGAUGGUCUGUGGUGGCGGCCCAGCGCUUACUCUCUGGCACCUGCGUUCCUCCACACCCACCACCGUCUUCCCCAUGCGGGCACCGCAGAAACAUGUCACCUUCUACCAAGACCUGAUCCUGUCAGCUGGCCAAGGCCCCUGUGUCAACCAGUGGCAGCUGAGCGGGGAACUCAAGGCCCAAGUGCCCAGCUCCUCCCCAGGGCUGCUCAGCCUCAGCCUCAACCAGCAACCAGCUGCCCCCGAGUGCAAGGUCCUGACUGCAGCAGGCAACAGCUGCCGGGUGGAUGUGUUCACCAACCUGGGGUACCGUGCCUUCUCCCUGUCCUUCUGAGCCAGCACCUCCCUGUCCCUUCCCAAAUAAAGCGCA